GCCGCGCCGCCGCUCUCACGUGUUGUCGGCCAUGGUGCUGCGGAGCGUCGCUGUAUCCGCAGCCCGGGCGGUGGGCGCUGAGCCCCCCGACAACGUGGUGCGCAUCCCCUGGGCGCUGCGGAUGCGGCUGCAGCGGGGAGAGCGGGGCCGCCAGCGUGGGCAGAGACGGACCGUGGAGGUGCGGCCCGGUAAACUGCUGCUGCGGAGCCGGCGGCCGGAGCUGAACCAGCCCCGCUGGCAGACGGUGGGGCGCUGGGAGCGGCCGCGGCUGGUGUCCGCGGGCUGGAAGCACAGGAAGGCUCGCGGGGAUUACUUCCAACUCGAGGCCGUCCAGGAGGCGGCCCCCGCCCUGCUGGUAUCGCAGCCGCAGUCGGGGCAGGGGCCGCUUUUCGCGGACAUGGGGCUGCGGCCGGCCCUGCUGACCGCCCUGCACGACCUCUCUAUGAGCCGCCCCACGGCGGUGCAGCGCAUCGCCAUCCCCGCCCUGCGCCGCGGCCGUAGCGCCGUGUGCGCCGCCGAGACGGGCAGCGGCAAGACGCUGGCCUAUCUGCUGCCGCUGAUCGACCGGCUGCUGAGCCGCCCCGUCGCUCCGGAACCGGAGCUGCCCUUGGUGGGGUCGUGGCCGCGGCAGGCGUCGCCCCUUGGGUUGGUGGUGCUGCCGUCUCGGGAGCUGGUGGCGCAGGUGGGAGCGGUGGCCGAGGCGCUGUGCCGCCCCGCGGGGCUGAUGGUGCGAGGGGUGACGGGCGGCGGCGCCGCGGGAGGAUUGAGACGGCAGCUGCGGGCGCCGCCGCCGGGAGCCGCCGUGUUGCUGGGAACCCCGGGGGCGCUGAGGACCGCGCUGCGCCGCCGCUUCUUGGUCCUCGGGCGGCUGCUCUGGGUGGUGCUGGACGAGGCGGACACGCUGAUAGAGGACGAGUCCUUCGCAGCGCCGCUGGAGGAGGUCCUGGCUCACGCCCCGCUCGCCGCGGGUGCCCCCGGACCGGGUGGUCCCGGGGAGGAGAGGACCCAGGUGGUGGUGGUGGGGGCCACCUUCCCUGCCGGGCUGAGCCAGAUGCUCGCGAGGUUUGUCGAUGUGGAUUGCUUUGUGAACCUCAGCACGCAGAGCUUGCACCGCCUGCCUUCACACGUCCAGCAGAAAUUCGUCUGUCUUAAAGGUCAGGACAAGCUGCAUGAACUGCUGCAGCUCCUCAAGGAGCGCUCGGCAUCCAGUGGGGCUGUUCUCAUCUUCUGCAACAGCGCCAGCACCGUCAACUGGCUGGGUUAUAUGCUGGAUGACCACAAAAUCAAGCACCUGAGGUUACAGGGACAGAUGUUGGCAGCUGCCAGAGCUGGCAUCUUUGCCUCCUUUCAGAAGGGAGAUGUGUCUGUCCUCGUGUGCACUGACCUUGCCUCGAGGGGAUUGGACACUAGCAGCGUGCAGCUCGUGGUCAACUACGACUUCCCAAACACCCUGCAGGAUUACCUACACCGCGUGGGGCGUGUGGGCCGGGUCGGAAGCAAGAUGCCCGGAGCUGUGGUUAGCUUUGUAACCCAUCGGUGGGAUGUGGACCUCGUGCGGAAAAUAGAAACUGCUGCCCGGAAAAGGGCAGGUCUCCCAGGCAUGGACACUUCUAUUAAUGAAUCUCCACCUAAAGCAGGUUGAUUUGAGUUGCCAAGUGGUAAUAAAUGGCCUGGUGGGGGCUAAAUUGAUUCUGUUAAGAUACAACAAGUAAGUGUGUGAGGUGGGCUGAAAUGAAAUGAAUUGAGUUUCAGAACAAGGUGAUCUGGUUAACUUUGUGCACUGCUCUGGCAGCUGCAGUAGUCAUUUCCAGAGGCAUCACAAUUCAUGAGUGUCCCUGUACUGUUGCAUUUCAGUGUUCCUCAUCACUAGCAGCUAAACGUUGUUAACAAUGUCUACUGGCAGGAAUAAAGAAAUUAUCUUCCCAACUUUGUUGCAACUUUGACCCAAUUUUAGUUACAUGGUGGAAAUGCAAAAUGACAAAUCAUAUUGGAUUCUUUUUUUCUUUAUAGCAGCUCAUUCAGAGAAUUGUCCAGAUGCCUCUAAAGAUGGAUGAGAGAGAAACUGUACAAUAAAACUGAGGGUUUUUUCAGGC